UUGUCUGUUAUUGUUGUGUUGUGUUGUGAAAAUGGCUGCCGCGAGUGAGUUGAGUUUAGAAGCAGUUCGCGAUUUUAUGUUGUUAAAGGGUGGAAAAGUGACAAAUCAUGACCUCGUCAAACAUUUUAAGAACUCUCUUACAAAUCCGGACACCAGAGUGCAGGCCCGCAACGAGUUCAAGGAGAUUGUCAACACGGUAGCAACUAUCAUCCGUAGUGACGAGGGAGAAAAAUACUUGGUAUUGAAGAAGAAAUACAGGACUCCGAGUUUGCAGAGUUCUGACUCCUUCGCCAGUGCUCUAACCUCCCCAGAUAUCAAUCCCUCACCAUCUAUGACCUCUCUGCAUUCCAUGGCAGACAAACGAUCCAUCUCACACUCCACAUCCCAAGAUUCUCUGGACAGCGCUACGUCCCCGACCCGACAGCCACCGCCAUACCGCCCCCCUCCCCCACCCGUCGUCUCAACACCCCCAUCCACCCCAGUGUCUGAUGCUCCUCCUGUACCUCCUCGCAAGAAGAGCACUGGAAGCAACAAAGAAAACUCUCCAGAGGUCACUGGAAGGCCAACAACCAUCGGUGCAGAAGCUGACGUAGAAGAAAGUGACCCCGAGAACAAAAUUAGCGUUAAGGAAUGUAUGCAAAAGUUUCAACGCAUGGCGUCAGAAAGUGCACUACAGAAAGCACAUCUUCCUGCUGUCAAAAAGAGAUUUGAAAAGGGUGGACCAGAUAAGGAUGACGACACGCAUUCUGUCACUUCUCUGGAUCCGAAGGCGCGGGAGUGGAUGGUGAAGGCUGCUCAGUCGGAUUACCAGGCUCUGUUCAAGUUGGCAUCUGAAAAUCCAAAACUAGCAAAGUUCAAGGAUCCAUCGUCCUGCUAUACGGCACUCCACUGGGCGGCCAAGCACGGUAACGUGGAUGUGGUCAAGCUGAUAGCCGGAACACACAAGGUCGACGUCAACUGUCGGACGAAUGGUGGGUAUACCGCUCUUCACCUGGCCAUGCAGUAUGGUCAUGAAGACAUCUUUAAUUUGCUCAAGGACGUUUAUGGCGCCAACCCCGCGAUUCGGGAUUGGAGCGGACGCAAGCCACGUCAGUACCUGACCAACAAGGACACCAGCGUCUCCGCGGACACUUUCAGAAAAAUCAAAGCAAGGAAAAAACAAUCCGAAAAGGACUCUGGUUUCUUGAGGAUUGGCUCCCUGAAUGUAAGAGUGAAGAGGACAACUGAGGCCUUCAGCAACUUUCUCGGAGUCGGCAAUGCUGACAAGCUGCACAAAACCUGGGGAUCUGCUGACAACCUUCCUCAGGGAGAUGCACGAAAAAUGCCACCACCAAAACACGCACCAAUCAAGAAACGCAAGUCAAAGCGAGCCAUGGACUUUGCUCAGCCUAUACCAAGGCCGGAGAGUGUCAUCAGCACCAAGUCUGGAGGUGCUGACAGUGACUCUGACACUGCUGCAGGGUUCGGAACUCAAUGGCAGGCCACCGUCUAGCUGUUUGACCUCCCUCACUUUUGCAGCAUUCAUGUCAUCACCACCAAGUCUGUGAGUGCUGACAGUGACUCUGACACUGCUGCAGGAUUCGGAACUCAAUGGCAGGCCACCGUCUAGCUGUUUGACCUCCCUCACUUUUGCAGCAUUCAUGUCAUCACCACCAAGUCUGUGAGUGCUGACAGUGACUCUGACGCUACUGUGAACUUUCAAAUCAAGUGGCAGGCUGUAAAACCUUCCAUUGCAUCACCCUGUACAUGUUCCUGUUAUUUUAUGUAAAUAAUUGUAUAGAUUACAGUGUACGAUUUUUGUAUUUUUUUAGCUAUUGACUAUUUUUAGAAUGUGUUACAUGUUUUAAAUGUACUCUCUAAAUGUAUGUCCUCAAAGGUGAAUGACAACUAUAUUGAUGUCUUUUAUUAUGCAAUUAUUAUAUUUGAUAUAAAUGUUUUUACUAGAGAAUUUGUAUCUAUAGUACAUAACGACACUUAGAAAUCUAGUUGCAUUAGAGGGGUUUUUUAAUAGUUACAAUAUCAGUCCAUUUGUAGAAGAAUUGUAGGCUAUCUAGAAACCUGAUAGCCAAAUAAUUUAAACAAAAAGUUUUUGCUAAGUAAGAUUUUUAUACAAAGGUGAACCUAAAAGCAUAAUUAAGGCUUCUUAGUAAGUGUUGUAUUAAUAAUAUGUUUUAUUAAACCUCAUUCACUUUUAACUUAAGCUAGUUUUAACCCCACUAUUUAUAAUAGUUUAUGCUACUACAGUCCUCAUUAACCAUCCAACAUUGUUAACAUUAUGUAAAUGUGUGCUAAUGCAUGUCAUUGUAUAAAUUGUAAUGUAAUAUGCUUAAAAAAAUAAGUGUUUUAUAGAUAGGUAGAUGUUAUUCAUUUGUUAAUAGUGUAUUUGAUGUGCUUGACAUAACAUGUAAUAAAAAGUUUGUUAUAUUUAUAUGUAGAAAAAUAACGGUGUAAUACAGUAAUGUGAUUAAUAUUUAUAAAUAAAAAUAACUGCUUUUGA